AUGUCGCAGACCACACCUCAUCCACUAGACCCCUUGACACCAGAGGAGAUUUCACAGACUGCCAAUCAUGUCCGAAGAGCAUUUCCAGGAAAGGACGCUUACUUCCGAGUCAUUACGCUGUCCGAGCCACCGAAGGCGGACAUGAUAAAAUAUCUGGAAGCUGAGCAUGGAGACUAUCUUCAGACCAUCACUCUUCCCCGUCUAGCCAUGGUGCAGACAUUUUUGGGACCACGGGACAGCAGCCACUACUACCAGCUCAAGGUGGACGUGGAGACCGGCGGCAUCGUCGAGCAGAAGCAGCUGGUCGGGUGCCAUGGCCACGUGGACGCGACAGACAUGCAAAGGGCGGAGCGAGAAUGCCUCAACGACGCUCGCGUCCAAGCAGCCAUCAGGGACAUGAAGCUGCCUGCCGGGGCCGAGGUCAAGAUUGAGCCAUGGACGUACGCGACGGAUGGGAUGAACGACAUGAGCGAGAAGAUCACCAUGUGUUACUUCUACAUGAAGCUGAUCGACCACCCGGACGCCAACCAUUAUGCUUAUCCUUUGGAUCUCUGCGUCGAGAUGUCUGGAGAUGCUCGUGUCUUGCAGAUUUUCUACUUGCCCCCGGGAACAUCAAACGACAUCAGCACGUCUGCACAGGCCUACGACGAGAAAAAGAUCCAUGGCAGUGAGAUUGAAUACCAUCCGGACCUGCGCACAACCCAGCGGACAACCACGAAGCCAUAUCGAGUUUCUCAGCCAGAUGGUCCCUCGUUCCAAGUCCAAGGGAACCUGCUGCAGUGGGAGAAGUGGAGAUUCCGCGUCGGAUUCAACUACAGAGAAGGGCUCACUCUGCACGAUGUGAGGUACGACGGGCGCAGCGUUUUCUACAGGCUAUCGCUGGCGGAGAUGUUUGUCCCCUACGGAGACCCUCGUAUGCCGUAUACACGAAAAGCAGCAUUCGAUCUUGGGAACGAUGGGGCAGGCUGCACGGCUAACAAUUUGCAACUCGGCUGUGACUGUCUGGGACAUAUCAAAUACUUCGAUGGGUGGCAUUCCACAUCGGCCGGAGAUCCUCUUAAACUUCCCAAUGCCGUGUGUUGUCAUGAAAUCGACGAUGGGAUCCUCUGGAAACAUACAAACUUUCGGACAGGGAACGCUGUCGUUACCCGCUCACGAGUGUUGGUCCUGCAAACUAUCAUCACAGUCAGCAACUACGAGUACAUUUUUGCAUUCCAAUUCGGCCAGGACGCUUCGCUCCAUUACGAAGUACGAGCAACAGGGAUUGUGUCGACGGUCCCGAUUGGGGUGGGGGAGAAAGUACCGUUUGGAACCGCUGUCGCUCCUGGCGUGCUGGCCCCGUACCAUCAGCACCUUUUCUCGCUGAGAAUAGAUCCGGCGGUUGCAGGAUAUCAGAACUCGCUCGUGAUUGAGGAAUCGCAUGCCAUGCCCAUCCAGGAUCCGCAGGUUCACAACCCGUUCGGAGUCGGCUACACGACCGAAUCACGCGUUGUCGAGAACGAAUGCGGACUCGACCUCGAUCAUAGUGUCAACCGGGUUUUUAAAAUCGUCAACGAACAAGUCAUCAACCCCGUGACUGGUGGGCCGGUUGGAUACAAGCUCGCACCAUGCUACAGCCAGUUGCUCCUGGCGCAUCCCUCGUCGUAUCACGCGAAGCGAUCCGAGUACGGCGCACACGCAGUCUGGGUGACACGACACAGCGACGACGAACUGUUCCCGUCCGGCCACCACACUAUGCAGUCCCUAGGUGGGCAAGGGAUCGCGUCGUGGAUCAAGGAUCGGCAGGAAAAGAAACAGCCGACCAGUGUGAAGAACUCGGACAUAGUGGUCUGGCACACCUUUGGGUCGACGCACAACCCGCGGGUCGAGGACUGGCCGGUGAUGCCUACCGAAAAGAUGAUUGUGGGCAUGAAACCGGUCAACUUUUUCACGUCUAACCCUGCCAUCGACGUACCUGUGUCGACGCAGGAGACGAAUCAGAGCGUGCUUGUGGAAGGGGUGGCUGCCAUGCCGACGAAAGGGCAUUGCUCGAAACUAUGA